AUGUUUGACCUGGAGGUGGUCCGGCGGGUGGGGUUCUUCGGUGCGCUCUGGACGCUGCAAUGCUGCGCCAACGUACUUGGCGCCAUCUCUCGCGACGCCAUUUUCCUCCGGUCCUACGCGGCUUCCAGUGUCGCGGCACUCACGUUGGCGCUGUCGCUGACCACAGCGUACGCGCUGACGGCAGCGACGCAGCUAAUGGCCACGUUGAUCGCCCGUCGUGUUCGUCCUGGCGUCCUCUACGCCAUCAGUCCGAUGGUUUUAGCCUCGGGGCUACUAGCGCUAAGUGCGUUGUCUCUCGCUGCGCCCUCAUUGGCUCGAGCGACCUCUGUGCUGAUUUACUUGUGGCUGGAAGUGGCGAUCCAAUGGCUGACGCAGCAAUUUUGGGAUCUAUGUGCCAAAGCGUUUGACGUGGCUGAGUCGAAAAAGUGGUUUGGCGUAAUUACGUUCGGGUCGACGUUUGGCACGCUACUGGCGAGUUUCGUGGUCCUGCCAGCACUUCAAGGCCGACGUUUGUCGACCGAGUUCAACUUGCUGGUUUCGGCUGGGAUGCUGUUUCUCGUUGCGGGCGUUUUGCUUGUCUCGGCUGAACGCUUUACAGCAAUGAACGCGGCACGACGUGGUGGUGGAGCAGAGAAAAAGAGCUGCCAGGCUCCGAGUCGAGAGUCAGCACCUUCGCUGUCGUCGAUGGCGAUUGUACGCGAUAUCCAGGCGAGGACGUACGUGCAGUACAUCUGCCUCUUUGACAUGGUAGCAACAGUUAUGCGGGUGCUGGUAGACAAUACAACGCUGUCGGUGUUAUCGUUGCAGCCGGAAGAAGAAGUGCAGGCCUCGUUGUCAAUGAUCAAUGGACUGCAAAGUUUUUUCAUGAUUCCGAUGCAACUAGCGUCGGGAUCGUUCUUCACGCGUUUUGGCGUCAUGUACGGCAUUGCGAUGCUACCAGUGACCAUAUUGUUGUUCGGAGCCUCCACUUCGAUGUCGACGUCAGUCUACUUGUUGAUCUUCACACGAGCACUGUACAACGCCGUAUCGCAGGCAAUCUUUAAUCCAGCAAGACAAUUGCUGUGGCUGCCACUAAAUGAGAUGGAGCGGAGUCGUUUCCAGAACUUUGUAUGCGGCCCGUUUCGCUCGGUAUCCCGUAUUGUCGGCGCAAUGCUUUCGAUGUUUCUGAGAGCAAAGUUGGUGACGCAAUAUAUCGGGCCAUCUUCCUCAAGCACCAUAAUGAUUGCGACGUCAGCAGCAUCGUUUGUUGCCGCCUUAGUAGCGAGGCGGUCGUACACAUCAGAGUUCUACGCUUCGUUGCGACAGGGGUAUCUGGAUUUGACAUCGCCCUUCAUUGACUUUACACCGGACCAGAUCGUGUUGGUGAAGGAAAUGCUGGUGAAGGGAGAGCAGCAACAAGCCAACUUCGUGUUGAGCUCGUUAUCUCACGUGCAUAUCGGCCUCUUUUCUCGGGAACUUCGAGCACUUUUUUACAAGAAAACCGACGAUGAUGUAUCCCUCACGCCGAUGCACACAAAGCUGCGCAUACUGAACAUCCAUACGGCAGCAAAGCGAGAGUUUGUGCUGAAUGCACAAGAAUCGUACUUGCUCCCAGACGCAAGCGCGUUUCCCGCCGAGAUCUUUGACACAAUGGACCUUAUGAUGCUUGUCAAAGACAAAUCGGUUGCAGCACCACGCCAGGUACGAGUUGCAGCAAUCCUGGCAUGCGGCUACGAAAGAUUUAGCUUGAGCGUAGACCAGUGCUUCGAGAUGCUUCGCAAGCUGCUACAUAGCGGCGAAACGGACAAAUCUAUGGUGGUAUGUGCUGCGGUGGCUUUGCUGCGUCUAUCGGACUGGAUGGAUGAAGAAUCGAAUGUCAUUCUCCAGCGACUGCUUCACGAAGAAAGGGUUCCGGAGGUGCGAGUGGUUGGCUUAAAGAUCAUUGGUAGAGAGGUACCAGAGCUGCUCGGUGAUGGCUUUCUGGUGUACUUGCUUCACCACUUGUCGACUCGAAUUGUCGAGGCAGCUGUCCAGUGUUGCUCAAACAGCUCUCGCAACUCUAGGAUGCUUAUCCCGGCCCUGAUGAAGCACCUUUCAAACCCAGUGAUAUGCGCCCAAAUUGUAACAGCUUUGAAGGGCUUUGAGCCAGCUGCCUUGUGGAAACCGCUGUGCCAAUACACGGAAGCGAUGUUACAACUACCCACGUAUUCUGUGAGCAAUGCGUCAGCUUCGGGCCAGAUCCAUAACAAGAGAGAGGGGCUAGCCGGUGCACUCAAAGUUCUUGACAGUGCCAAUUUUCCGGUUGAAGACAAACUAGACUUCCUGAUGCACUUGUUUGAGGCGAUAAUGGUGGCACCCGACUUGCCGAAAGAGGAGGCUAGCCACGCGGACGUUUUGCACAACCUGUUUGAGAACGAUACGGUCAUGGAUGAGCUAGUCGUGGACGCUCUGCUAACACUGAUCGGAUCGAUGGACGAGAAGGCGAUGAGUACGUCUGCGCAGAAGAUGGAGCCCAUUCACUACGCGCUCAGUUUGAAGAUCCGCGAGGCGCACAAAAUGCGCCAUGUUCUCGACCUCUUUUUCCAGAUUUGCCAACGAACGGCGACGAAUGUUGAGGAAACGUCCCCACUGUUGCUACAGCACGUUGAACAUAGUCUAAAGGACACGCUUCGGCUACUGCUGAAGCUACUUUCGACUGGAUUUCCAAAAGAGUUCGAUGUUGCUGUACUUCUCGAAGGCUUGCGGUCGGAUCUGGGCGAAGUGCAUUCUGCCAUUCAGGAAGUGCUUGAGAAUUUGCUUCCUUCGUCGUACAAAGGACUAGUGCUCCCUUUGCUGUUUCCAAAACUGUCAACCACGAACGCUGCAUCAAAGAUGACGCAAAGCGUUGUAGAAUUGUUUGGGGAGAAAGGUGGAGUCGACAUCUUGCUGGAUGUCAUGAAGCAGCAGGAAAUAAAUCUGGAGCUGUCAGCUCUCGCUCUCCAGUACUUUCUCCAUGUGGCUGCAGAUCAUGCUGAACACCUCGAUGAUGGAGCAAAACUGACAUUUUUAGACUAUGUAGUGCCAAGUCUGCUUCACCACGAGCUAACGAAGGAGCUGUUGGUUGAGACCUAUCACAGCCGUCCCGAUGUCCUCGCGUACGAGUCUCUUGCCGUUCUGAAAGAUUGCAAGCCUCCGCUACUUUCCAGAAUCGCGGUCGCAAACUGUCUUCGCGCGUCAUCGCUGUUCGAGAACAUUUGCGCGACUAAUAUUCUGCGAGUCAUAUCGCAUCGUUUUGUUCCGAUUGCUGUGGAACGUCGAGACACGUUUGCAGUCGAGGGUCAAGUCGCUUCAGCCAUGUACGUUGUUGCCAAGGGCACUGUCCAGCUCCACAAGCAGCAACGAAUUUUAGCAGAGCUAGGAUUCGGUGCAUGCAUUGGUCAAGCUGCCCUGAUGCGACACUCGCUCUAUGCUGGAACCCAUAUCUCCUCCGCUACGGCGAUGGAAGACUGCGUCCUCCUUAGCAUAUCGCGGGGAGAUCUCGACUCCUUGAUAAGGGAAACACCACAAGUAUCCAGAGGCGUGCUGAAAGCGGUGGCCUCAUCGCUUCGGCUGCUCUACCUUGAGCCGCUUGGCGCCAUUGCUCAAUCGGGCAGCCUUCCUCUUCGUGACCGAAGGGGUUCACUGACCACGGCGAUGACGCGUUGGAAUACUGAUGCAGACCGCCGGAUGCUCAAGAUGACGGAGUCGAUAACAUCGCAUAUGAAGGCAGCGCUCUAUGUCGACCGGGCAACUAAAUCGUUUCUAUAUAACGUUGGCCGAUCGCGGACUACACCACACACAGUACCAUCAUCGGCGCCAGGAGACAGAGCAAGGCACCGUAGCUUUUGCGACUCGCAACUGAAACAACGGAGGUCGAGCUACGGCACGCCAGCACUAAGAGGAUUGCUCAUGCUCUCCGACCCUGCCGUCUAUACGACGUUUGAGAAGUCAAUCCACUUGAAGGCAUCUCACUUGAUGCGAGAUUUAGACGACGACAAGGUCGCGCUGGUAGCUCAGGUAUCCCGAGUCGUGGUACUUCGGCACGGUGACCUGCUCUAUUCCAGUGACGCAAAGGUGGAGUUUGUGUACGUCAUCGUUGACGGCACAAUUGAGAUGACGCAUUUGCAGGGUGAAUGGGGCGCUGACUCGGAACUGGCUGUGCCCGCUUCAGCCAAACUCCAUCACGGCGCUUGUUUUGGAGCAGAGGCGUUUGUACCCAACGCAACUGCACGCGAUUCAUUUUCAGCGGUUGGCCGAUGCACGCUUUUUAAAAUUGCUGCCAAGGAUCUUGCCGAUUUGAGCGAGCUACACCACGAUAUCAUGCACGUCAUCUUGGCGUGGCUAUCGCAAACGUUGGCCGAGUUGACGAAUUCGAUGAUCGCACCUCUCCUGUCUCCAACCACUAUCCUCGCUGCCUCAUCGCUUGGGCUCGGUAAAGAUGACGAGAAGAUCUUUUCGGAGCUGACAAAUCGAAAAGGCAAACGGCGGUCAGGGACGGAUUAG